CAGGAAUAAGAAAACAACGCCCAACCAUCAACAACGGACGAGAAUCAAUAUCUGAUAAAAAUUGACCAGGAAUGGCUCCAUUCGAUAUCCACGUAGCAGGCACCGGAACCAACCGUCAUCCUGCGGAACGCAGUAUCCUCACCCUGCACACGCAAACAAAAUGCUUUCCUACCAUUCCGGAGGCCGAGACCAGCGUUGUCUCAAUUAUAAAUUCCUUACUCGAUGCGAUCGCACCAUACUGUCAUCAAACUGCCACCACCGGCUCGACUAAGGCGGAGGACAACGCCCCGAUCUCGCACUACUCCCUGAAAUCGUUCGAAACUUCGCAAGGUCGCGACACCUCUAUGUCGUUUUCCAAGAGCUCUUCCCAUAAAAGCACAUAUGCAUCCGCGGAUUUGAUUAUCGAGUUCCGCGACUUCGCACUGCUUGCACGUCUCGCAACGACAAUCGGCGCCAUGGAGAAUGUCAAGAUCAACUGUCUAGAGUGGAUACUUACGCCAGCUACUAGAGCUACUAUGGAAGCGCAGGCACGGAAAGAGGCAGCGAAGCAUGCGAUCCGUAAGGCUAGAGAUUAUGCGGAGGUCUUUGGUGGGCUGACCGAGGAAGAGGCACAAAGCAAGGUCAGAGCAGUGUUGGUGAAGGAGAGCUUUCAGUACACAAAGUUUACGAAACCCAAAUUGCACCUUGGAAAGGCGAAUGGCGGAAGGAUGCAGAAAAGUGAAUGGGACUACGAGCCCCAGGAUGUGGGAGUGGAGGUUAAGGUUGAUGGGACGUUUACUGUUGAGAUUGAGUGAAGGCUGGCUUCUCAGCACUGUUUUGAAUGCAGAAAGAGGUUUCCGAUCCUAACGUGGACCUCAGGAGAAAGGGAGUGUGAGCUUGAAUUUGGAUGCGGUAUUGUAUCGUGGGGAACACUGUACCCACUCAAAAUAGAUGAAAGCAAGGUUAAAAGAGCACACCGACCUUAACGCAUCACAUACAGAAACGAAUCUAAGCCUUGGGCAAGAGACGUUCAUCAGCAUGUAGCCAAUUGGCAAGAUCUUUCUCCAGUACGCAAGACCAAAGGCUGCGUACAAGUAGCUUACGCAUUACCUACCUUAGGA